UCAUAGACGGCUAUAUGGUCAUCUCCAAGCUCAUAUCUUGGCCUUCUCUCGCUCGCAGUUUCAGCGGAACUCAAAAUGGGUACUCUCUCAGUUACUGGGCUUCUCUUCCAAUCACAAAACCCUAAACCCAGAAUCCCGUUCUCCACUAAUUUCACAAAUCAAGUUAUCUUCCCCAACCCAGUAUCCAAACUAAGGCUUUUACAAGCCCUUCCCAACUCUUCUUCCAUAUCCAUCGAAGAAAAUCCUGGAAAGAAAGCUCCCACUCUCCGAGAAAUCUGCCAAGGUCACGUUCCCGAACACGUAAUACGCAGGGCUGAGGAGGUUGGAUAUACUAGACCAACAGACGUACAACUACAAGCACUGCCAAUUCUGUUUUCAGGGUGCGAUUGCAUUCUUCAUGCGCAGACAGGUUCUGGGAAGACACUGGCAUACCUUCUACUGAUCUUUUCUGUCAUAAACACUCAAAAAUCCGCUGUGCAAGCAGUGAUAGUAGUGCCCACCCGGGAACUUGGCAUGCAAGUCACGAAAGUUGCUCGGAUGUUGGCUGCGAAGCAUGUUGAACUUGAAUUGGAGCAGAAAUGUUGUACUGUCAUGGCUCUUUUAGAUGGAGGAAUGUUGAGAAGGCACAAUAGUUGGCUAAAGGCAGAGCCCCCUACAAUAGUUGUUGCAACAAUAAGAAGUUUGUGCCAGAUGCUGGAGAAGCAAACCUUAAAGCUCGAAUCAAUGAGGGUACUGAUAAUUGAUGAGGUUGAUUUCAUGUUCAAUUCUUCAAAAGAAGUCGGUUCUCUUCGAAAGCUUUUGACCUCAUAUUCAUCACUCAACAACCGUCAGACUGUUUUUGCCAGUGCCUCCAUCCCUCAGCACAGACGAUUUUUGCAUGACUGUAUACAGCAAAAGUGGACCAAGAGUGAUGUGAUUCAUGUCCAUGCCAAUCCAAUUCAGCCCAUGCCAUCAUGCCUAUAUCAUAGAUUCGUGAUUUAUGGCAAGAACAGAAAGCAUCAGAUUUUGCUCUCUUUACUACUGUCUGAUGCACCUGAGUCUAGCAUUAUCUUCGUUGGUGAGCAGUCUGAGAAGUCAAAGAAGGCUGGAAAUACCCCAUCAACCACUUUAUUAGUUGAGUUUUUGAAGGCUUCAUAUGUGGGUUGCUCAGACAUCCAUCUUCUGGAAGAAGACACGAAUUUCCAUUUACGAGCAGCUUCUCUCUCAGAAGUGAGACAAGGAGGAAACUAUAUCCUAGUAGCAACGGAUAUAGCGGCUAGGGGAGUUGACCUGCCAGAAACAACUCAUAUAUACAACUUUGAUCUGCCAAGAACUGCUGUAGAUUAUCUUCAUCGAGCUGGAAGAACAGGUAGGAAACCAUUUUCGGAGAACAAAUGUACUGUUACCAGCAUUCUAUUGUCAGAGGAGCGAUUUGUUUUGAAAAGAUACGAAAAUGAAUUGUUGUUUAACUGUGAAGAACUUAUUUUAUAGACUCGGGGGUUUUAUUCAUUCAGAAAAA